AAAACGUCAAUUCAACGAUGACAAAAUAAUGCGAUUUUUGUGGCGUUUUGUUGUCGUAAUUAAUAAUUUUUUUGUUCUCAUGAGAUUGGAAUGCAUGCUAAAAACUUUUUGGAAUGCAUGAUAAAAUUAAUUGCAAUUCAUCAUGGACACAGACAUUUUAUCAGGAAGCAAGGAUUAUUUAUAUGCGGACGACUUUUUAAAUGAAUUUACAAAUGAGUCUAUGUGGUCUUCAUUGUUAGUGUCGGAUGAUGCUACACCAAGUGAAAUCUUAGCUGAUGCAGCACCAGCGCUGGUGCCGCCGAUUUCUCCAAUUCUAAGUGACAAAUCAACACCUGAAAGUAGUAAUUCAGAUUCUGGAAGUGAAGAUGAUUCCAAGAACAGUUCUAGCAGUGCAUCAAUGCGCCAGUCAUCACAAUCGCCAAUUGACUGGAUGACCAUUAUGAAAGAUGAGCCAUCCAGUAGCCUAAGUCCAGAAGAUGUAGAAUUAUUCUUACAAAAAUCAAACAACAAAGUUAGUCCUAUACCUUCAAAUGAUCCAAUAUCUACUACACCUCCGGAAAGGACAGGGCCUGUAAUGGCAAUUGAAAAUGGUAUUAUAAAGGGGGUAAAAAGUGACAUUGGACCCAAAUUACUUGAUUUGCCUGCUCACAUACAACAAAAUGGUAACACAUGUCCACAGAAUUCUUAUUUUAAGGUAGUCAAUGAAAAUUUCUAUACAAAUAACAAUAUCAAGAAUGAUGUUAAUCACAAAAUUGUAAAUAAUCAAAUAAAAGUGAUCGUGGAGCAAAAGAAAAUUCCAAGCAUAUUGAAAAGAUCUUCCAAUUUGUUUGUGAAAGCAGAGUCACCAACUAUAGUGGUACCUGCAGGGAGUACAAAGGGUGGGAAAAUUGCCAUUUCCCCAUUAUUACAAACUAAAUACAGUGAUACCCAAACAAAUAAUGUUAAAACAAAUGGCUACCAACUUGAGUUACCGCAGCCUAAAAGUGUAGUCGUGAAUGCAAAGCAGAUUUUAUCACAAUCUCCUGCGAUGGUACAUAAUACUGUAUCACCAAAGAUAGAAGCUGAAACACUUGAUAAUUCAUCUAUACUAGAUUUCUCACAUAUGAGUGAAGCUGAAAUUAGGGCUGUAAAGAAGCAGCAAAGGAUGAUAAAAAACCGUGAAUCAGCAUGUCAAUCGAGACAAAAGAAAAAAGAGUAUGUGUCUGCGUUAGAGCAGCAAUUAUUAGAAGCGCAUCAAGAAAUAGCCAAACUACGCCUUGAAAACAAACUUUUACGGGAUAAGCUCGAGAAUAAUGGGCGAGGUCGAAAGAUACCAAAAAUAGAUGCAUCCAUUCUUAUACCGAAGAAAAAUAUAGCAGUGAUUUUUGCUAUGGUUUUUAUGGUUUCCAUGAAUUGGAAUGUUUUAGGGUGGAAUUCGAAACCAUUAGUUGGACCAUCGGGGCCUCAUCAAAAUACAAGACAUUUAUUAUGGUCUGAUGAAAAUAGCGACAGUAUGUUACAAACUGAUUCAAAUGAUAACAAUACAUAUGGUAUAGAUUGUCAAAAUUUGACUACACAACCUGAUUUUGCUAGAGUAAAUCACACUGAAAGUAUAAGGAUAGCAAAAGAGCUCAAUCAUUGGAUCGGUGGCGGCAAGACAUUAAACUGGACUUACAACCCGACCAGAAAAAAACGUCGAGUUUAUCUCAAUGAAGAGAAAAUCACUGGAGACUUCCUUGAAACCUACAAGCUGUUUAACAAAUUAAAUUUAGACAAUAACCUAUUAGAUAUAAUCAGUGCAAAAGCCCAUGUGAAGAAUGCCAGAGAGAAAGCCCGUCAUCGUAGAUUGAGACGGAAUAGAGAAAUAGACUUCGAAGAUAAUGCUGUGAUAAACUAUGAAAGCCUUUAUCGUAAGCCUAUAAGAAAGACCGUAGAUGAUUUCCACAUAGAUGAUUUGAGUGAAUGGAGUGAUUUAUUGAAGGCUCUUCAGAGGAGAGAUGAUACAUUUUAUGUGGUAGGCGUUGGGAAAGGUGAACAUUUACUGUUACCUGCUGUAUCACACAAUGUCACAAGACCACCGAGAAUGGCUCUAAUUUUGCCUGCAAGAACUGGCAAUGAUUCAUUGAUGACAGAUCACGUUACUCUGAUGCAAAUCGAUUGUUCGGUCGUGAAUACUACAUUAGUCAAACUGAAAUCUGAAACCCUUCCAGAAAGCUUGCGUAAAAAUGUCGACAACGACUCUAAGUCUUCAACACACGAGCCAAGCGUCGAAAUAAACGGCAACGACGUUAAAAAGAGCAACAAGCUUGAUGCAAAAUUACCAAAAGGGCUUCAUAACACAAGCAAUAUAUCUAAUUAUAGAAGCGAUUUCAAAAAGGAAGUAACUUCAAUGCAUAAAGAAAUACCAAAAGACGAUUCCUUCACACAGUACUUAUUUUCUAAAGUAGAUGAUAAACAAGAAAACAUAGACUCAAAAUAUUAUAAGAGUAAUAGAGAUGAUCGUUUGUCGCCCGUAACAGUGCUAAAUAAGCAUUCACUAGCUUCAUUAAGUUUCAGUAAGAACAGGUUUACAAAAUAUGUGAUCAAUAGUGAUAAAGUAAAGUAAUAGUGCCAUGACUACAAAUUGUAUCACAUAAUUUAUGAAGUGAUGGUACUGGUUGUUCGAACAUAUGACGUAACAUCACCAAAAUAAAUACAAUAUUAACAGAUACAUUACGUAUAAUAAUUAUAACUAAA